AUGAUCGACUUCGAUCACGGUGUCGAUCGUACUUAUAUAACUAAUCGUCGUCAAGCACAAUUUAUUGGUCAAGAUCUUCUAUCAGACCUGCAUUUCAACAACAAAAAAAUUAUUCAUCGAAAGUAUCGAUCAUGUUUUGGGUGGAAACGACAAAGAGUAUCUACAUCAGAUGAGGAACAAUCCGACUCAGACAUGAGUAUUGGUGAUCAGAGUUAUGAAUUUGAUAAAUUGGAGAUAAUUUCUCGUCAACGAAAACAUGCGCUAGAGGAUCGAGAAAAAAAACUUGUUGAUUCAUAUGUAGUUACAAAUAAUUUUGCUCACGGUUAUCCAUUGGAUCGAUGGAGAAUAUUUUCAAGGGAUGACAUAAUAGGUUAUCGUGAAAAUUCGUUAAAACAGAUUGAUCAAGAUUCAGGUACAUCUUUGUGUCGAAUAGCAACGGCGGAUUGUGAGGUCGCAAGUGAAAGCUGCAGGUGUGGACUUGGUUCUCCAAAGGUUGAUCUCAGUGAUAUUGAGUAUUCUACUGUUUGUUAUAAUCAUCUCAUAUUCGAUUUCGAUACACAUCAAUUGGUUGUUGAACGUUUAUCUGAUGAAAUGCCACAUGGCUUAAAACGCCACUCUCUUCUAUACGACUGUAUCGAUACAUUACGAAGUUCUCUUUCAGACGACACUCCAAUCUUAUUCUAUCGAGUUAAUAUUGAAAAAUUGGCUAAAACAACAAGCAGCUUCAAUCAUGCAUCAUGUCAAUGUUAUUUACCUGAGAAAGCGAAAAUUGAUGAAUUUUCAUUUCUUGAUUAUACAUAUUUAUCAGAUGUUCAUUUAGCGAUUGGUCAAAAUAAUGAUCAUAUAUUUGUUUUAUCAACAUAUUGUGGCGUUGCUGCUCUUUAA